UUUUGCAAACCAACCGCCCGAGAGAUGAAAAUUGCGCCAACUCGGCGGUAGUCAGUGGCACUUUGGCCAGCAUUCGAAUCAAACGCAUUUUUCCGAGACCCGCGUCGUGCUCGCGUGUGCCUUUUCGGUUACAAGUGUGUUAUUUUUGCUUAAGUAUAUUACUACAAUUAGUGAGCAGCUCAUUUCGGGAAACGUGAUCUCUCCGGGUUCGAGUUCGUGUGUGACGCGAGUGCGAGACAGCGAAACGAAGUGCUUAUUGCUAAAGGGUGUGAAGUUGCAGUUCCGGAAGAAAAACAAGUGCAAGAUUUUCAAAUGAAGAUUCAAAUGAAAUGUCACGAUAAAGAUCUGAUUGCACGAUUGCGGAGAGUGUGAGAGUGUAAAGUGCGGUAGCAGAAAUACUCCACACGGGAAAUUGCACAUGGGGACCGCCGAAGAGGAAAAGCCCAACCAAGAAAGUAAACCUUGCUCCGUCUUUUGAGCGAGCGCGACACAUUCAAUGCGCUAAUUAGUGACAAGUGAUGUAAUUCGAACGAAGGAAAACGGGUGAUUUUUGCUUCUAAGCCCAGAUGCGUUACGAGACACGUAUAUCGGAGGUAAAGUGUAGUGUGAGCUAAUGCGCAUAUGCAUUUAUGCAAGCCACCACGGUGUAUGAAUAAUUAGCCCGAAAAAAGUGAUCGAACAGGUGUAACGAACCCUUCGUGCCGUGCCUUCCGUCGUCGUCGUCGUUGUCUGGAUCAAAUCGACUGUGAACCAAUUUCUUCCAGCGCCGAUCAAACUCUGCUUCCGCUCGCUAAUCAAAGUCGUGUGCCUGCCCACAUUUUCCGACUUUUCUUGCAACUCCUGAGGCAAGGCGCCCACACCCUCGUCUUCGAGACUUUAGCGAUAGUCGCUGUUCGAUUCCACCCGUUUGAUUUAAUCGACGAAAAUGGGAAGCAUUUUCAUACUGCUGUUUGGCUUUUAUCUGAUAUACCUCGAUGGGGUCAAUGCAUCCUGGGGAACACCGGAAAGCAACCAGUACCACAUCCAGACAGAUGAGGGCCCUGAGCGGUACUUCAGAUAUCAAACCGACAAUGGGCAGUUUCGUAAAGAGAAGCGCCUACAAGAUGGCACAGUUAUUGGAACCGACGCCUGGAUAGAUGCAUCCGGGUAUUUACGCCAGAAGGACUACAUUGCUGACGACAAGGGCUAUCGGAUACUGAAAUCGAAAACGGUGUACGUUGGGAGGGAUCUGCCGAUUCAGGACGCCAUCAAGUCCGUCAAGAAUCGACCGGCUGAUUCGGGGGUGCUUGUACCCCACGGUCCACCGUACCGUCCUUCCCCUCCACCGGAACCAGUUGCCGUGGUGCCCAGCACUCCGUCACCAAUCGCUCCUCCAGUGACCCCAGGCAUCAAAGCUGUAUUCAUAAGGCCUCACUCACAGCCUGUCAGCACAAACUAUUUGCCGGCGAAUAUUGCACGCGAUCAAUAUGUACCGCUUAGCAGAUACUACCCCACUAGCACGCAACGGCCUGACAUUUUCGUUCCUUCGAGUACGCCAUAUUCGCCACUAGCAGGAAAUGAUCUGUCAUCUACGCCUAUCGCUGUAUUUGGUCCAGCUUCGACGCCUUCACCGCUUGCCGAUCGAUCCCAGGCACAUUUACCACCACUAGUCAUCUACAAUACCGAUCAAAAACGACCGAACGACUACGAUCACCCGACACCACGUCCAGAAGAACCAAUCUACCAGCUCAGCAAUGAUCUCCUACCUCCGAAACAUCAGUUCAUCCAAGUGAUCCCUACCCCUGCCCAUCACCGCAGGCGUAUUCCUCAAGACCGGAGACGACCGGUAUACGUAGAACCCAUUAGCAUUACAUCGGCGGCACCGUUCUUAGAACGGGCAACUCCUGCUCCCAAACCGUUGGUGGUUCCCCUCUCCGACAACAACCUGGAGUCUCAACCCACCUUCAAUCGUGAUCUCUUGGAACCACCGCCAAGUUACGGCCAGAGGUACCAACCUAACCGGCGAUCCGAUCAUUCAUACGAUGGAGUAUCGGUAACCAACAAUGGCUUCCAGUACUACCUUCCGAGGCAGUACCACGAAGAGGCCAACUCGGGAAGCUCAACGCGGGAGGGUAGCUUUGGCUACAUCGAUCCUUUCGGUAUACGCCGAGUAGUUUACUACAAUACCGGUCCCGGCAAGGGUUUCGUCCACCGAAAGAACAACCGCUUCGUGGGAUUCAACGCGACGCCUUACGACCCACGACCACUGUGAGAAGGAUGUAUCGAGGAGGGAGGUAACGCCUCCAUCAAACGCCAACAACUGUUUUACGCUUCGAUUAAAUUAUUUAUUAGCAAAAGUCGCCCCCUUGAGUGACUAGCCAGUCGCGAUAUUUCAGAUCCAUGAUCUUACGAUAUGGAGCCGCUUGCGAAAAACCAAUUGCCAUAAUGUUAAGAGUGCUCUCCCAGGCAACCAUUUCACUAGUCUGUAAGUUUCGUCAGCGAAAGAAUUAUUUGUUUUGAGAAUCUACAUAAUUCCAUGUGAUAUGAAACAAAGCUAAUGAUGGUUUUCAGAUAUUAGUAGCAAGACAAAAAUCAAAUUAGGACUUCAGUAUUUUCAAAAAUUUUAGUUGACAACAGUCUCUGUUGCUUUUCUCGAAAUAACGGACAUCAGAUUCAAUAUUUUCUCAAACAAAUGAUUCAAUAGUUCUUUGUAGUAGAUCAUUCAAAUGAAUUGCGCCGUCUCUCUGUAGCUAUCCUAAUGCGUUAAUUCAAAACUUCUAAUCAAUUGUGAUGCAAGGCGCUGAUAGGACACAAGUGUCAAGAACCGCAGCACAGACUAAUUGCCAUAUUUGUAGGUUUUUCAACACACUCACAAACGCUAGAGUCGAUAACGCCCGAGUUGAAAAUUGGCACCGGUUCGGAUUCGAUGACAUUUCAGCGACUGGUUCUCUGAUGAUAGAUAUCCAUUUGGAACACUCACUCACCUCGUUUAAUAAGAAAUGAAAUUAAUUUUCAACAAUCAGCAUCAGCACCAUCAACUUACCACUUCAAAUGGAUUCCCGUCAUAGAGAACCCUCCAAAGGUCGUCCCAACAAUCAUUCGAAUCAAUCGGCCCUAGCCCCAGCGCUUGUUAAUAUUUAGUUUUGUAAGGAACUCAAUUUAGAAAGAAUACGCUGAUUCAGUGUGCUGUUUGUUAGGGGGCCUAUUUAUAAUGAACACCUACCAGUGUAGCAUAGAAAAUCGAUAGAAUUGCAUCCCCCGAAAUGAGCUUUGAAAGUAGAUAAGACAUUACGACGACACACAUUCGAGUAAGAGACACAUCACGCCAUGACCGAUAAACUGUGUAAUAAACUAUUAGAUCCAGUUUUCGA